AUCGACACAUCCUUCUCCCGCCCUACGCCCGGAGUAUCCGUCUGUUCUGCUUCAAAGUGUGAAAAACUCAUAUCCAGAGCAAUCUUAUCGUUUGAAUAUUACGGUAAAUCAAGUCGCGCGAGUUCGUCGAUUAGAUCCGCGCGAGUCGCGUUGUGUUGCUUCUGUCGAAUCCGAAAUACGGGAUUGCGAUCGAGUUUUCGGAAACUACGUAGAUUCGUUUGUUUAACAAUAAGGUUCUCACGAUAUACAUUGAUUUAAAGAGGGAUAGAUUUAAAGCGUAGCGAUGGACUCUAAAGAGGAAAAAAAAGAAAUGAAGGCGUAGAGAGGGAGAGAGACAGAGCGUGCGAUUAAAACGGGUAGACGAAUAAAUAAAUCGACGAGGCUAGAUGAUAGCGAGCGUUAAUGCAUCGUAAUUUAACGGAUUCUAUCAACGCUCGGGUCAAUCAGCCUACGAUUGGCUAAUGCAGUUACGAGGCGAGAGAAUGGUAGUUAAUUUUGGAGUAGAAAAUGUGCCUCGCGAUCUCGAGAUCGAUUCGAAUUCCCCUCGAGAAGGAUCUCGUCGGAGCGCGAGUAUAAAAUGAAAUGGUGGUAUCGAUAAAAACAGAUAGAAACGAGGCUUUCGGGGCGAACGGCGACGGCGAGUGGCGAGUACGAGUACGGCGACGGGUCUGGGAUGGCGACUCGGCGAGCGGAAAUGAGGGGAUGCGUUGUAAACGGCGGCCAAAGGAAGGCAGGCGGCCUCGGUGCGUGAGUACGCCGCAAGAUGGCGUUUAACAUGCGACGCUGCUUUUGACGUUCGCAUAUGAGUUUUUUUUGGUUCCCUCCACUUUGAAAAGGCCAGGAAGUGAUUUUUCCUGGCGCGCCGUUUAGUCCACGGACGGCCGAUCGAGGAUGUGCCGUAAGGUGUUAGCCGCGACGCGAGCCGUUCGAUUAAUCGGUAUUUCGAUUUCGAGUACGUAGUACUUGGCCCCAUAGCGAGGCGCGCACGAGGUCCCGCGAUUGGCCAGUUUACGAAAACGACGAUGGCUCCGUGAGGAGAGGAGAACAUGGCUGCGACGCAAGCCGAGAGCCAACAAAACGAUGUGAAGCUGAACGAGUCCGUGAAAUGCGCACAGAAGCGUACGCAAGUCGGUGGGAAUAGUGCGAGUGCUAGUGCGAAGCAGCAGCUGGAUUCCGAGCCGGACGAUAAAGUGUCCCGGGGCGCGGCCCAGCUGCUUAAAUAUGUGAGUCGCGGCGGGGACACGACGGGCUACGAGAUGAGUCAAUACCGCGAGGACAUUGGCGGACACACUGCCGCCGGUGAGGUAAAAUCGCCGCGUGAGGCCGGCCAGACGUCCCAGGAGCCCGUCGGCAAGCAAGAGGCGCACGACGCACCCGGCCAUCCCGGCCACCCGGGCCAUCCGUUCGCGCCAAACGUGAUACGCGACUACUCGGACGAGUACAGCAACAACAAAUCCGGCGACCAAUUCGCCCCGACCAAGUCCUCCCUCGCUGUCGAUUAUCCCCCCGGCAAGCAGCUCCCGGAGUACGUUGCCAAGCACGCGGACUUUCCCGGCAAGCAACUCGACUAUCAUGGUAAACACUUGAUGCACGAGUCCGACCGGACCCAUCGGGCCGAGAUGGAGGAGCACUACUCUCCUUCCAAGAUCGAGACGCGAUUGUACGUCAGUGCCACCUCUGGCAACUUCUCUGGUUCUCAGCCGAGGUUUCUCUCUGGACAGGGUAUGUCCCAGACCGCUGGUCCUACCCCUACCUUGAAUCAAUUGCUACAGGCGUCUACUCCGGUCCAUCGGUUUCAUGGAAAUUAUCCCGGUAUGGGACCUGAGUAUCAGCAGCCAUGGUCUAUGCAAAGGCCACCGGUUGUGCCUCCAGUUUAUCCGCAACCCAGUCAGCGUCCUCCGCAGACGGGUUCACCGAGAUUACAUACAGGGCCAGGAGCACAGAGUUCUCCAACACCCAUGCAAUAUCAACAAUAUACCCAACGAUAUUCCUCACCUACGAGACCUCACGCACCUUACAGUCAUCAUCAGCUAAACUCUUAUACGACGCAAACCAGUCAUCCCUCAAGCUUAUAUACGGAACAAAGAGGAUGGAAUCAAGGCGGACCACCAAAUCCACCUCCACCACCAAGUAAUCAGGUCACUCCAUCAGGUCAGUCACCACAGCGUGCUUUGUCUCAGUCUCCAGCUCCACCACCUGCUGCGUCACCGCAGCCACAAGCUACCAGUCAGACCCAGGCUUUCCACAAUAUACAACAGCGAGCUACAACACCAAAUACUCAAGGAAUUGACUCUGGGGAAUUAUCAGGACAGAAUAGUAACGACAGUUCGAAUGGACCAGCUUGCCCAGGGACACCGAAUUCUCAGGGGAUGAGACCUACCCCGUCACCAACAGGAUCCACAGGUUCUCGCUCGAUGUCCCCUGCUGUUGGUCGGUCUUUUUUACGCCAACAAAACGUUCAGAUGCCUCCACGUCCGUCGAGUAGCCAGUCGGAUAGUAGUGGGCCAGCACCGCGAAUGAGUCACUCUCCUAUGACCACUCAAGGAGCAUACCAGCAACCAUUGGGUCCUUCACCACAUAUGCAUAGCUACAAAAUGAACAGUACUGGUCCUGGUGUAGUACAACCGGGACCUGGUUCGACGGCUCUUGGUGGGAUUAGUCCAAUGGGUGGUGGAAUGGGCUAUGCAGCUGGUGGGACAGCUGCAGGUCAGCCUGGAGGUUAUCAUGCACAAUCUACGUAUCCGCCUCCUCGUCCUCACAUGCAGUUUCCACAAGGAUAUCCAACGCCUGCGAACUCGCAACCGCCACCCAACAAUCAGUAUCAGCCUCCCAACAGACCCAAUAACUUAGUACAAUAUCCACCGUACACGCAUAAAAUGGGCUUUAAUAGUGUACCGCCGGGAAUGCCACCGAGUCCGGGACCGCCGCAAGUUUAUGGUGCUGGUGGUGCAACCGCAAUGGUACCGCCAGGCGCUCCAGGAGUACCUGUCAUUGGUAAUAUGGGACCGCCGGCGAGCUCGAUGGGUCCACCACCACCGUCUCCUAAUCAUAUAAGUAAUCAACCACCACCGCCUACCAGCUCGGCAGUACCACAUUUACAUACACCGGCAGCUACGCCGCCUCUCAACCACGAGGGUAGCCCGAUGCCACCGCCGAGUACAACACCGAAUUCACAUCCCGCGUCAGCACCAACCCCUACCAGCCACAAUUCCGCAGAUCUCACGGCUGAGACUUCCAACGACAGCGGUAUAACCACGACUGCUUCAGGUACGUCAGCUAUAAAUGUCAUAUCUACUUCAAGUGGUACUGUGACAUCUGUAAUAACAACAGGUCCAGACGGCACGUCUCUGGAUGAAGGUUCGCAGCAGUCAACGUUAUCUAAUGCAUCAGCUGCCUCUGGUGAAGAUCCAGCAUUUACACCAAAAGUGCGGAAGGAAAUGAUAGGAGGAUACCACAGCCAUCCUGCGACACCACAGAGCACUGUUCCGUCUCCUGGCGCUGCUAGCAUUAAUUCGAUUCACGAGGAAUAUUCUGAUAUGAACAGUCCUGGUUGGCCGCGUACUCCUGCUAGUCCUGUGUUUAACAGUCAUGUGCCUCAAGACCCGUACAGAUCUAAGAAGACAGAUAGUCUGGCAAAAUUAUACGAAAUGGACGAAUCGCUAGAACGAAGAAGUUGGCUGGAUAAGCUAGUCAACUUCAUGGAAGAACGAAGAUCACCGAUCACCAGCUGCCCUACCAUCUCCAAGAACCCCCUCGAUCUAUUUCGGCUUUACCUCUACGUGAAGGAGAGGGGGGGCUUCAUGGAGGUAUGCAAGGUGACGAAAAACAAGACGUGGAAGGAUAUAGCUGGUCUGUUAGGUAUCGGUGCCAGCAGUAGCGCUGCUUACACUUUGCGCAAGCAUUAUACAAAGCAUUUGCUAGCAUAUGAGUGCCACUUUGAUCGUGGCGGUGUGGAUCCACAACCCAUUAUCAAUCAGGUCGAAGCGGGUUCGAAAAAGAAAGGAUCCAAGGGAACUGCUUCCGUACCAUCGCCGGGUUCUUCCAAUUCUCAAGACUCGUUUCCCGCUGCUGGGUCAAGUAACGCUUCUAUGGACGGUUAUGGAAACUAUCAGGGCAGUUAUGCAGGUGGCACACCCGGUGGCCCAUCGUCAGAGUAUACGCCGCCACCACCUAGGCCACCUAGCCAAAGCAGCGCACCCUCUGCCCAUCAAGGAAUACAACAAGGCACUUACCAAAAUACAGGCUCUUAUCAGAACUAUCCUCAAGAACAAUAUAUACGGCCGCAGGGAAACGCGAUGUCUCAACAAGGAGAGUUCAAUCAACCGUACUCGCCCAGAUCGCAUUAUCCUCCAUACGUACCGGAUGUCGACAGAGGAUAUCCGAGUGGUAACAUGCCGCCGAACAACGCUACUGGACAGGAUAUGUACAACAGAUACACCAGCGGUCAACAAGGUCCCGCUAGUUAUCCCACGGGAACGCCUCCUAAUGCGCGGAGCAACAGCUAUCCUUCGGGACCGCAGACUCAUCCGGUCACUGUGCAACAGCAAACGGCGACUAGCCAGCCUUCCUCGCCUUCGCAACCGCCAACUGUGUCAUCAUACUCGUGUCCGCAAGACUACUAUCGACAGGAACAAAGUGGAUAUGGAGCGCCCGCUGGAACUCAAAUAUAUACCGCAAGUGGAUCGGCUAACAAGAACAUGCCACCACCCCCUCCAGGUCCCACUCAACCUAGACGCCACCCAGACUUUGCCAAAGACCAACAGUAUCCCCAAUAUAAUCAACAACGACCAGCGUAUCCAGGAUGGCCAAAUACAACUAAUCAAUACAAUAGUAAUAGUGGAAACAAUAGGGUUCAAUACCCAAGCCAGCCGGCACAAUCGCCAUCACAACAACCACAACCGCAACCGCCGCAACAAGGAACUCAAGUCGUCACCGCUGCCCCAACUGCUCCGGCAGUCAACAUGGCUAGUAAUCAACAAUGGGCCAGUCAGCCAUCGAAUAGGACCUCAUCCCAACCAUCUAUAAACGCUAUAGCACACCCGCCUCCACCGUGGGAUCAUCGCUACACGAAUCAACCGUCCCCUUUGUAUCCAACACCCGGGAAUCAUCAGACUCAACUCGGAGUAAAUCCCAUGAUUAGCCAACAGCCGACGUCAAAGAGAGAAAUGACAUUCCCUCCUGACAGUGUAGAAGCGAUCACGCCUCUUUUGUACAAGCGACGAAAACUGACGCGCGCUGACGUGGCGCCCGUAGAAGCUUGGCGCAUCAUGAUGGCUUUGAGAUCGGGUCUGCUCGCUGAAAGCUGCUGGGCCCUUGAUGUAUUAAACAUUUUGUUAUUCGAUGACUCUUCUGUAAGUUAUUUCGGAUUGACACACCUCCCCGGACUACUGGACGUUCUGCUGGAACACUUCUCGCGUUCUCUCUCCGACAUGUUCGAAUCAUGUGUAAACGACGACGAUCGCUAUUGCCAGGCCGCAGAUGGUCCGGAGGUAGACCUCGGUGCGGUAACGCGCCCGAUCGAUUCGGAAGAUCGGACGAAAUUGCUGUCGACAUCGAAUUAUACGUAUCUCUCGAGGAGAGGUCGCCCUGUUAAGAUCGUCCCUCGAGAUGACGAUCUGUUUGUUUUGGACACCCGGAGGCCUUGGGAUCAUCAGGAGUGCGAGUCGGAAACCGAGCCGUGGCAAGUCGAUACGAACGCGACCAAAUACAUCGUCACGUGUUUUCAGUCUGAGGUGAGCUCGGUGCCUUUCGCCCGUUUACUAAGGGACGAGAAACCGCCGUUGUUGCAGAAGGAAGUUGACAGCACAGAUUUGAAAGACGAAGCCAAAGCGGAUAGCGUCGGUGGUGUCCACGAGACGUUAGACUUCACUCACAAAUCCGGUGAGCUUGGCGACAAGCAAUCUAACAAAGACAGUGGCGAACGUAAGCAGCAGCAACAGUUGGACAAGAAAAAGAAGACGAAAACUUUGAGUGACGUGCUGUCGAGGAUCAAGAAGGAGCCGGUAGAGAUGAACGAUCUCACAAGGGAGCUGUUCGAGAAGAAGAACGACGGUUUUAAAAAGGAUUGUGACAGCGAAAUGACGAAAGCAAACAACAAUAUGGGUGAACACUUUGGCAGUGAUAUGUCAAAGAACGACGAGGACUCGUUGCCGACGCAAAAUGGACUGAAUGAAUCGGUAGCGACGGUUUCAGGCAACAUUGAUAACACCCUAGAUAAAACUGAGAUUAAGACAGAAACGACGGACGAACAUGAAUUGCUAACGACGAGAGACGACAGGGAGGGACCAAGAUUACAAAUAAGAGAUCCGGCAGGAACGUUAAAACGACGGAGGAUAAGUGAUUACGAGGACGAGAGCUACUCCAGGGACGAAGCGAGUCUUUACCUGGUUACGGAAACGCAGGACAACCUGGCCCGUCGUUGCGUGUGCCUGUCGACAAUCUUGAGGAAUCUCACUUUUAUCCCCGGCAAUGAAGCGGAAUUCGCGAAGAACGUUACGUUCCUCAGUCUACUAGGCAAGUUAUUGCUGUUGCAUCACGAACACCCGAUACGGGCGCAAAAGACCCGCAAUUACGAUCGUGAAGAGGACGCGGAUUUUGCGGACUCGUGUAGCAGUCUACAAGGUGAGGGCGAGUGGUGGUGGGACUUCCUCCAUCAUGUGAGGGAGAACGUCCUCGUGAUGGCCGCUAACAUAUCCGGCCACAUGGAUCUGAGCCAGCAUCCAGAGGAGAUCUCGCGGCCAGUGCUUGACGGUCUUCUUCACUGGGCCGUAUGUCCGGCUGCACAUGGUCAGGAUCCUUUCCCAACGGUCGGUCCGAAUUCCUCAUUGUCGCCGCAGAGACUCGCGCUUGAGGCGUUGUGCAAAUUAUGCGUUACCGAGUGCAAUGUUGAUCUGGUAGUGGCGACGCCGCCGUACUCACGAUUACAGAGACUAUGCUCGGUGCUGACUAGGCUUCUUUGCCGCAGCGAAGAACAGGUGCUGCGUGAAUUCGGCGUGAAUCUACUGCACUUCCUGUCGGCCGCGGAUAGCGGCGUCGCGCGCACCAUCGCCCUGCAGACGCCGUGUGUUGCGCUGCUCGUUGCGUUCAUCGAGCAGGCCGAAUCAAGUGCAAUCGGUGUCGCUAAUCAGCACGGUCUCGCGGCUCUGCGUGACAAUCCCGAAUCGAUGGGCACCAGCCUGGAUAUGUUGCGACGUGCAGCCGGCACGCUGCUCAAUCUCGCUAGGCAUCCGGAUAAUCGAACUCUCCUUCUGCAACACGAGUCCCGCCUGCUCGCCUUGGUAAUGAGCCAGAUCCUGGAUCAGCAGGUCGCUGCGAUAGUCGCGCGCGUGUUGUUCCAGUGUUCGAGGGGCACGUAACUCUCUGUCGUCGGUCGGAACAUUAGUACGCGAUUCGCGCGGAUUAUUAUUAACGGUGCCGACGGUGACAACGACGAAUAAGACGCACGCGACGGCGACGAUGUUGUGAUGGUACGACGUUGUGUACGGACGGCUGUAGUGCGUUAAAAGGCGGACGUUGUGGGGAAAGCGGGAGAUAGACGGAUAUAUACGAUGGAAAGAGACGAGGGAGAGUGACGAGGCGAGAAAGACUCGCGCACGACGUGAUAGAGUACACGAGUGAAGGAACAAAAGUGCUGAUUAAAAGCCAUGGCAGCGCAGUUGUAGUUUUAUAUCGAUUAAACAGGAAGUAAGAAAGUUUAAUUAUUGGUGUUAGCGUGUAGGUAUACCCGAUGCGAUAUCCGCCUGCCGGUAUACCUUCCCCUUCGAUGAAUUGGAAUAAUAUCGAUAGUGUAAGAUAUUUCAUAGUUAAUGAAAGAAAAAGAUACACACACAUACACACACACACAUCACAAAUACACAUAUAUAGAAAAACACGGAUCGACACACAUCCCAUAUCCACUGAGUAUAUCCACACAACACAAACUAAACAAACACAGACACACAGACAUACAUGCGCGCGUGUGCAACCGCAAGCGUGGACAUGACACACGCAAAAACACACACACACACACGUAUAUAUAUAUAUAUAUAUAUAUAUACACACACACACACUCACAUAUGCAUACGCAGUAAAAAAAAAGAAAAUGGACUUUCAAGAGACAACGGUCAGCUGCAUAAUAAUAUAUAUACCAAGAAUCAUGUCGGCGAACCUUAAUGGUGCGAUGUGGAAUGAUAUAUCGGAUGAUGAUAUAUAUAAAUAUUAAACGAUAAUAUAAUGCAAAUUUUUAUAUUUGCAUGUUUUGUGCUGUAAUUAGCGAGUAAUUAAGAUAUUUUGUAGAUAACACACUUCCAUUUGAAUCUUAUUCGAUUUUCGUGCUGCGGCUACGGUGGCGCAAAUAUACGUUUGCGGCUGUAAGGCCGCAAGAAGUCUCGAUUUUAGAAGCACAGGCAGAAACUAGAACUGAAGAAAGACAUUGCUAGAAGAGAAAAAAAAAUAAUAUACGUGUGAUAAAGCCGCUGAUUGAGAGGGAAGAGUAACAGAAAGAAAGA